GCAAGUCUCAUCAGCUCGCAGAGUGUCGCGUCUGGCUAUCGGCCGCGCGGGCCGAGCAGAGGCUGCCCGGUGCCAGGAAGGUACCUGGUGAGGCUGCCUAACAAAAGGCAAAGCGGCCCUUGCAAAAGAACCGAGACUUUCGGGAGGCACAGGGCCCAUGGGCUUCGCACUCAUCGAGCAGCCCCCUGCAAGAGGCAAGCGCGGCCGCGGCCGGGGCCGCGGCCGCCGCGCGCGCGAUCCCGUGAAGACGCCGGGCCGGACGAGGGAAGAAAGGUGCCUGCCUGAGUUAUUGUCGCGGCUGAGCCUCGGGAAGCACGCGCAAAAACUAAAACAUUUGGACUACGCCGGCAUGAAAACUGUAGAUCAGGACGAUCUGGAAACGUUGGGAUUGGACGCCGAGGCGGCCGCCCGGCUCAUCGGAGCCUCUAGAAGAGAGGUCGGGGAGCUCCUCUUCUACAAGCCCCAGGGCUUCGGUUUUAUAAGACCACUCGGCGAGACGGACCGCAAGAAGAACAUCAUGGCGCACCGCUCCGCGUUUUCGCAUCCGUCCGUGCCGCUGCGGCUGCCGCCGAGUUCCUUGGUGGCCUACGCGCUGGGAAGCCACAACGGCGCGACCGUCGCGCGGGAGGUGCGACCUUUGGAUGCCUCCCAGGCGCCCGUGCUCGAACCUGACCCUCCUGCCGCGGUCGUGACGCCCCCGGCAUCUCCACCAAAGAAGGAGCCCGACGCCUCGGAACCGCCGUCGGCGCCCCAAAUACCUACCGUCAAAAGGAACGAGAGUUUCGGGACGCUCAGUGCCGAUGGGAUCGUCGGGCCCUACGGCUACGGCGAGUGGCGCGACGACGAUAGACAGGAGGACCCCGUCUUCACGCCUCCUACUGAUACCAUGGCGUCGUCGUCGUCGGGCCGUAGUAGUAACCCCUUCGGGACGAUCGUCGCGCCCAUCGGGACACCAGCAACAACCAUACAGCCGCCGCCACCGCCGCCGCCCAUACAACAAACAAAUAACGCCGCGGAGUGCCCGUGCUGCCUGCAGCCGGGCCGCGACACGGCGCUCGUGCCCUGCGGUCAUGUAUUGUGCGGCCGGUGCGUCGCCACAUACCUCAAACGCGACGACGCCGACGCGUGCCCCGUCUGCCGCGCGCCCGUGCUCCACGCCAUGCGCAUAUUCCUUUAA